GGUUAAACUGAAUGCUGUAAUAAACACAUUAUAUCAGAUUAUGCAAGGAAGUAUGUCACUGUUAUCAGACUUAUCAAUGGAAGCGUCAGUAGACCCGGUGAUACUGACUGCAUCAUCAGCGUCAUUAACCAGUCACACCAAUGACAUUGAUGAUAGUUACUAUGGAGAUCUCACUCUUGACCCUCCAGCCACUGCUUCUCUAGAACAGGUGAGAACGGACCUGUACAAAGCUAAUGCAGGGUGUCAGCUCCGGGGGCUCUGGGAGUAUUCUAGCUGGAUAUCUGAGCAACUAGUCCACCUUCCCAAAACUAACAAGGCACAAAUACCUGAUAACACGUGGAACUCAGAUUACGAUCUUAUCAUGUUUGCUUUGCAACUCAUGCACACCCAGGAGUAUGCAAGAGCAGUAGCUACACUGAAAGACACUGAAACACAGAAUGGUCGCUUCCUUUUUUACUACUGCAAAUACCUGAGCGGCGAAAAGUCUAGGAUUGACAAGGUGGACGUCAAAAGCCGGCGUGAGGUAAACAACGAGGAGUUGGUGGACCUCAGAAUAGAAAUGGAGCAGCUCAGACAGGCUAACAAACUCGACACUUACGGAUUGUGGUUACUUGGGGUGAUUCUCAGUAAGUCUGCUUUGGUAGAUCGAGCUAUUCUUACCCUUGUGGAGUCCCUUAACGCUGAUCCUAGUUUCUGGGGCUCCUGGAAAACAUUGGCUAAGCUCAUCAAAAACAAGAACCAACUUCAGACGUUACCAUCACUACCGCACCACUGGAUGAAGAACUUCUUUUACGUCGAAGUUUGUCAGGAAAUGUACUACGCAAACGAUGCUCUUUCUUUUAUACAGGCACUAGAAGAUAUGGGUCUGACAAACAACCCUUACCUAUUGGCUAAGAGGGCUGAAGUUCACUACGCUUUGAGAGAGUACGAUAUAGCUAAAGACACGUGUAAAGAACUGCUAGAGAAGGAUCCAAACAGGCUUGAUAUAGUGGACAUGUACUCCAACAUACUCUACGUGAAGGAAGACAAGGCAGCACUCAACUAUCUAGCUCACCAUACAGUUGAGGUUGACAAGUACCGCCCAGAGACGUGCUGUGUAGUUGGUAACUUCUACUCUAUCUACGGGAACCACGACAAAGCCAUCACCUACUUCCAGAGAGCGUUACGACUAGACCCCGACUACUUGUCUGCCUGGACCCUAAUGGGGCACGAGUACGUGGAACUAAAGAACUACAACAUGGCAAUAGAGUGCUACAGGAACGCUAUAGAUGUUAACCCACGUGAUUACCGAGCCUGGUACGGAAUUGGUCAGACAUAUGAGUUAUUGAAAAUGCACGCUUACUGUCUGUAUUACUAUAUGGAGGCCCAGAGAUUAAGACCCACUGAUUCCAGGAUGAUAGUUGCUCUCGGGGAGAGUUAUGAGAAGCUAGAGCAGCCUGCUAAAGCUAAGAAAUGUUACAUGAGAGCUCUUAAUGUUGGGGACCAGGAGGAUAUUGCUAUGAUACGACUAGCUAAAGUCUGUGAGAAACUGCACGAUGAGGAGGGUGCGGUGAGGUGGUACAGUAAGUAUGUGGACAUGGUAAACUCGGCUGAGUUGGAUCCUGGAGAUGAUAUCUGCUUUGCAUACCGCUACCUGGCUCACUAUUACCUCAGAAAUGAUAGGUUACCAGAGGCAGAUGUUCACGCUCACAAGUGUUGUGAGUUCAAAGAAACUAAGAAUGACGGUAAAGCGCUAGUGAGGCAGAUAGCAGCUCAUCGUAACAGCGGUAGUGGGGUUUACAACCCACGAUUCACUCCUAAACCUAACCUCAGAGUGAAGUUAGCACUGUCAGGCUCAGCUAGUACAACUCCGGGAUCCCAGAAAAGAAGCAGAACCCCACCACCCCAAGAUCACAGUGAUAACGACAUGUCCUUCUGAACACGUGCAGAUGAAAUCCUGAGCCGCGCACAUAAAAUCGCACGUGUUCGACCAAGUCAUUUUCCUCCAUCUGAACUCUCGAGACCCUUCUAUUUACCUUUACAUCAGAAUAUGAGUUGAACAGUGUUGCAAUAAUCUUACAAUUACACUCCAUCAUCAUAGUCGAGUUACGAGUAGAUAAAAGAUACAAGAUAUAGUGGACUUUUAAUUAUGUAAUUUCUGGAUCAUGUUGACAGACAUCAUUAACGUCGACAGAGGUGAAAGUUGAAAGUCAUUUCUCUAAAGUUAAGAAAAGUGAAACUUAUUUAAAUAAGUAGAGAGAAGUGAAGCUUACUUAAUGUGAACGGUCCCCUAUUUAUUGUUUGUAUUUUUGUAUUUGUUUUUUGGAACUCGUUUUCCUUUUGGUUUUAUUGAUAACAUUGAUAUUAUGUUUGUCAUUCCAUUUUAUCUAUUAAGUCAGACAA